CCUGCCUACAGUGCCCCGCCACCCUUAGCGCCACUCAGCGGGCCAGCUCUCGGCUCCCCGCGGGCCCAGGAGAGCUGGAGGGAGGGCCCGGGGAGGAGCCGGACGCGCCGGGGCGGAGCCCAGGCCUCAUGGCCCCGCCUUCUAGUGGGUGGGGCGGGACGAGCCAUGCGCACGUGAUGCAGACUGCGCCUGCGUCGCGGGCCCCACGCCUUUACUGAGUUCCGGGACAGGUUUGUGCCCAGCUCUCUUUGAGAUGCAUCCGCCUCACCUAGAACCAGUGCAGAAAGACCCCAGCUCUGGGUGGAGGUGGGUAGCCUCUAUACUCGCUCCCGGGCUGGAGGAGAUCCGGUGCCCCUCUCCCGAUAAAGGGCAGUCCUAGACUGUCUCACAGGACAAGAGCUGCGGCCUCUGCCACCGUGCCAAUUCUUCCAAGAAGAAGCUUAGCUUGCUCUCGAAGUGGCUCUUGAAGGUGUUUACUGGAUUGUGCAGUUAUCACCCAUCGCCCAUUCUUGGAACAGUUGACAAGCUGCCAACUCAGACGGAAGGCCAGCAGCUCUCUAAGAACCCUCCAGGCCUUCAGCACGGGAUUGGGACUGCUGAGACGCAUCCUGUGAGCAGCUGAUGCUAUUGGUAGCCUUCAUGGCUGUUCCACAUCAUUCACAGGAGACUUCCUAUCUGCUGCCUCCAGAUCCUAAGGACUGGGAGAAACAAGGCAUCCCAGACUUUGUCUACGGCCAGAAGGAUCUCUUCAGAAAGGAAAUUCAAUGGUCAAGGAACUCAUCCAGUGCGGUGGACACACUACCACUAUCCCGCUUUGACUCUGCCCUCCACUCUGCGUGGAGGCAGCGGCUGGAACUGGGCCUGUUUCGAUACCGCCUAGAAGAUCUGCAGACCCAAAUCCUCCCUGGUUCCGUGGGGUUUGUAGCUCAGCUGAAUAUAGAGCGAGGGAUACAGAGGAGGCGCCCCCAGAAUAUCAGAAGCGUGAGGCAGGAGUUUGACCCGGAACAGUUUAACUUCAAUAAAAUCCGACCUGGAGAAGUCCUUUUCCGUAUGCAAAGGGAACCUAAUGGCCCAGCCGCUCCAGAGCAAGAGGACGUCCAUGUACUGAUCAAUGUCAGCCCCCUAGAGUGGGGCCACGUGCUACUAGUGCCUGCACCUGCUCAUGGGCUUCCCCAACGGCUACUGCCUGGAGUGCUACGGGUGGGGCUAGAAGCUGUACUACUGAGCUUGCACCCAGGCUUCCGGGUCGGCUUCAACAGCCUGGGAGGUCUGGCCUCUGUAAACCAUCUUCACCUGCACGGCUACUACCUGGCCCACCCGCUGCCUGUGGAGGGAGCACCAAGCACACCCCUAGACCCAAAAGGCCGCAUCCAUCUGCUGCAGGCCCUCCCAGCUCCUGGCUUUCUCUUCUACACGAGUGGGCCAGGGCCUGAUUUGGAAGCGUUAAUUAGCAGGGUAUGCCGGGCUACUGACUACCUGAGUGACCGUGAGAUUGCACAUAACUUAUUUGUGACCCGGGGAGCUCCACCCGGGCAAACAUCAUCUACCUCAGACCUCAGUGGGAUCCGAGUCAUUCUGUGGGCCCGGAAGUCCAGCUUUGGAAUAAAGGAAAGUGGGGCGUUUAAUGUUGCCCUCUGUGAGCUGGCCGGCCAUCUCCCUGUCAAAACAUCCCAGGACUUCAGCAGCUUGACAGAGGCAGCUGCAGUGGCCCUCAUUCAGGACUGUCUGCUGCCCCAAACUCAGGCAGAUGAGGUACAGGCAGCGCUGGUGGCCCUGAUGGCCCAGGACGAGCUGUGAUCCUUCAGAAGCAUUUUCUUUGCUGACUGAUUGGAGGCCCCUUCCCAAAGGCCAUAGUUUACUGCAUUUGUUUCCAUGUCAUAACUGCCUUCCCACCUCCCCACUUAAGGACUAUAGAGAAAGCACUGAGUGGAAGUGUUCUCAUGAAUGCUUCUGCUGCCUUAGACAAGCCCCAGGGUAACAGAUCUACCACGAAGGGCCAGAUCCUACCAUUUCAGAGGGAAGAGUGCUUGCUGCCAAGUCUGUUGACCAGAGUUCAACCUCCAGAACCCAUAGGGUAAAGGUUGUCUUCUGACUUUCACAUGUGCACCAUGAUACAUUCACACACACACACACA